AUGACUGCUGAAAAGAAAGAGAAGAUGGAAGCGCAAGUCAAAUCGGUCGAUAUGACUGAAGACAUGCAGCGAGAGGCUAUCGAUCUCGCUAUUGAGGCCAUGGAGAAAUACCAUAUUGAGAAGGACAUCGCACAGUACAUCAAGAAAGAGGUCCGACCCGCCACCCCAACCGAUUUCGAUUCCCGGAAGGGUGCCACCUGGCACUGUGUUGUUGGACGCAACUUUGGUAGCUUCGUCACCCACGAGACGAAGCACUUCAUCUACUUCUACCUGGGCCACUGCGCUAUCCUCCUCUUUAAGACCCAGUAA